AUGACGUCCGUCCCAGAUGUAUUGCCCCUCCGGGACUCUUCCUGCUCAUAUUCUCGCGACCAACUCACACCCAACUCCAAUAACACGGUCUCCAGCCUGACCCACCACAAGACAUUCUGGACCCCUCAACCAUCACCAGGCAACUGUGAAUUUUACUGGCAUGCAAUUCUCCUCAUGACCUCUGGGGGCAGCGUUCUAAUCUGCGGUAUGGUUUUAAGUGGACUGUACUUUGCUGGGGUUUCCAUGAUGGCCACCAACAUUCUCGGCCCCGCCCUGCUCUCUAUCGGUCUGGUGGUGCUCGUAGUCGGCAUGGUUUUGGUGCCCAUUACACACGAAAUGAGGCACCAGAAUGCAACGAAACGGCUAUGUAGCGUAUACAAGCCUCAGUAA